UUGUGGGCGUUGCGACUACCACCUACAGUUAGCUAGCUAUUAGAAGACGAAAGGAGUUUGAAGAUCUGACAACGCCAUCAGCGGUUGCACGGUCGCUAGAUUGACUACAAGUCUAAAACCAAACAAAGACAACAGCAAGAGAGCCGGACCAGGAUUAGUCAUGUUUCCAUAUUUGCGUAGUCAUCGCGUCAAUUUGCAGCUGCUGCAGGAGAAGUCCUGUCGAGAUCUGGUGCAGUUGCUUGAGUCCAUCGAGGGCACCAAGCUGAUUGUGCUAGAUGACAGCAUGAUCGGUCCGUUGGGGUUGAUAGCGAAACCGAAAAUAUUCGCAGAACGGGGCAUUAAGCUGCUAUCCCUGAAGCCGGAACAGCACUUUCCCAAGGAGUCGCAAAACAUAAUCUACAUAAUUCGGCCACAGCCAUCGCUGAUGGAUCACCUGGCGAACCAUGUGAAGGCAAACACACAGGCGGGUCGCCUCUUUCACAUCUUCUUCGUGCCGCGCCGCUCAUGCAUGUGCAUCAAGAAGCUGGAGAACAAGGAGGUGAUCGGUGCAUUUGGGUGCAUCGAGGAGCUUGCCUGGAACUUUCUGCCGCUAGAUUCCGACCUUGUCAGCAUGGAGACAGCGAGUGGGUAUCGCGAUGUAUGCGUCGAUGGCGACACCACAUCGCUUUACCAAGCAGCCAUUGGGCUGGUGCAGUUGCAACGACUCUACGGACGCAUACCCAAGAUCUAUGGUAAAGGUGUGCAGGCCCAACUGGUUUGGGAUCAUGCCAAGCACUUGGCCAUCGAUGAGAAGGCGCUGUACAAUGGCGACAAGGGCGCCAUCGAUCAGCUCAUCUUGCUGGAUCGAGGCAUCGAUCUGCUGACACCGCUGGCCACUCAGCUCACCUACGAGGGCCUCAUCGAUGAGUUCUUUGGCAUUCGCCAAAAUCAAUUGACCCUCCCAGCGGAGCAUUUUCCAUCGUAUUUUGCCAGCGGUGGCGACUGCACCAGAGAUGCAGCAGGUAAUGGUGUCGAUUCGGAGCGGAGCCUGCUGGGCGACACAGAUCGCAAGACGAUCAUGCUGCAUUCCGGCGAGCAGCUGUACGCCGAGCUGCGCAACAAGAACUUCAAUGAGGUGCGAAUGCUGUUGGCGCUCAAAGUGAAGGACAUCCAGUUACAGAUGAAUGUGAAUCGGCAGGGGCAGUCGGUGCAAGAGAUAAAGAGCUUUGUGGAUCGCCUGCCGCAGCUAAUGGAGCAGAAGAAGGCAACGUCCGAGCAUACGGCUAUUGCCAGUCUAAUUGAUGAACACCUGAACGUUCACUCGUUCAACGAUGACCUGGCUGCCGAGCAGGAGUUCAUGAUCUGUGCCGACAUUGACAGAGCGAGCGCCUACAUUGAGGACCAGAUUGCAUGCCGGGCCGAGCUGCGAAAUGUGCUGCGUCUCAUUUGUUUGCAGUGUGCGGCCGGCUCUGGCCUAAAGGAGCGUGUCCUCAACUAUUACAAGCGUGAACUGGCCCAAGUCUACGGAGUCGAGGUGCUCUUAAGGAUCAGCAAUCUAGAGAAGGCUGGACUUCUGCGCACACAGACCGAGUCGCGUGCUUACGCCGUGCUCCGAAAGACCCUACAUCUGACGGUCGAUGACAUCGUUGAGGUCAAUCCGCAUGACAUUAGCUAUGUGCAUAGCUUCUAUGCACCGCUGACCGCACGGCUCGUCGAACACUCAUUGAAGCCACUCGGCUGGCAGACGCUCAAGAGCCAAAUCAAUAAUUUACCCGGCCCAACAUUCGAGGACUUUCAGGUGCAGUUGAUUGGGAUCGGUGGGCGGCCAGUGGUCGGUGCCACGCCCAGCGAGGCAUCGCUGAUGCAUGCACGACGCGUUGUGCUCGUCAUGUUUGUGGGCGGAUGCACUUUCGCCGAGAUCGCAGCGUUGCGCUUCCUCGCCGCCCAGGAGGACAACAAUGUGGAGUUCUUAAUUGCGACGACGAAGGUGAUCAACAAGCAUACAUUCCUCGACAGCCUGUUGAGCUUGUGAAGCCAUCGCCUAAGCCGCUGGGAGGCACACUAUUUAUGCAAGGCAUGUGGCCUGAAGCGCGGGCGCAACGCCGCCUCUCUCCCGAAGCCCUGACCCUUACUGUUCCGCAUAGAGCAGAAGCGCAGCACUGGCUACAGAUCGUAUCAGCAACCAGAUUAAGCAAAUGAAGAAUUAUAUAUAUUUAUACAACAAACUCCUAUAUAAAACAAUGCGAAUUCA